GUUUCAUCAUGAACUUUAGAAUACUCAUGUCUUUUGUCCAGGCAAAACGCUAACAGGUCAUUGUGCUUAUGACUUCUCCAUGAUCUUGGUUUCACAUGAUGGUCGAAGUCCAGAAUGGAGUGAUUGAGAAACUUGCCUACUUUUCGAUAGCUAUUGCUGUCAUCCCCCUUUGUGUACUCUACGCUGCACUGUAUGGUUACUGUGAUCCUUUGAUUGCCUUGAUAUUUGGUACGGUGUCCGCGCAACUCAGACAGGUUGUGGGAGCCAUACUGGCUGUUCUGGCAGUGAAUGUGGUGUUGGUAGUGUAUGUUGUCUCAGCAUACAAGGAAAAAGAUGAAAAGGAGGACUGAGCAAGAAAUACAAUAGCAAGACUUCUCUCUAUAGGGCUGACAGCUUCUGGGAGCCGACAUGCUGCACAAAAGCACCAUCCUGGUUGCUUUGCGGAACCAGCAUAUGUGGGACGGUGAAUUCUGUAAAGAAUUCUUCGUCGGUCCAUUUCAAGAUUGAUGGUAAUGUAUUAGAGUCGCUAGCAGGGCUCUCUUCCAGGAUGCUUCAUGUAAAAUAGACACUUGCGAGGAAAUAUCCUCUAGUUGACAGGCAGAUCCUAUACAUGAUGUAGGAUGCUCAGCAGACAAUUUGUCUAACAUUUGCAAAGAGCACACUCAAAUUCAAACUACAGGGCACAGCCUCACAGUAGGCCGCUUGGUGUAAAGCAUUCACAAUC